AUGCGUUCAUUCAUCAAGUGCGCAUCCUUGGCGGUCCUGGCCUCGCUGCUGACCUUGACCAUGCUCAGUCUGAUGUCCAAGACCACAACCGCCUUCACAUUUGCCAUGGCCAACCCCGUUGGCGAUGAGCCGCUUGCAUAUGAUGGUUCCUUGAGUGCUCUUGCUACUGAGGCCGAAGAUCUCAAUCCUAGGGCCGACGGCACCGAUGCCGCGCGCUUGUUCUGCCGUCCUGGUUAUAGGCGCUGUGGGUUCUUUGGCCAUUCUGCUGAAGGUCCUGGAAUUGAUGCUCCUCCUCCUCCCCCUGAAAACCGAACCGACCCCAUUGAGGCUCCAGGCGGCGGCGCUCCACCAACCGCGCCCGAGGCUCCAAUUGAGGGCAAGUAA